CAAACUCAUCAAACCUUAAACCACAACCACUUGAUUUCCUUCCACUUGCAAAUAAUAUUACAAAAGGACGUACACACAUCACACAUUUUCAGUUCUCAUAUCUGCAAACAAUAAUAAUCCAUCCUUUGACAUUGCCGGAAAAGUAUGGCCACCGUCACACAAGCUCCGGUUGCUGUUUUCCGGCCGUGUGCCUCCCGGACCAGAUUCCUAACCGGGUCAUCAGGGAAGUUAAACAGAGAACUUUCAGUUAAACCGACCAACACCGGUUCAUCGGGUUCGUUCAAGAUUGAAGCGAAAAAGGGUGAAUGGUUGCCCGGGUUGGCCUCACCAGGUUACCUCAACGGAAGUCUACCAGGUGACAAUGGGUUCGACCCUUUGGGACUAGCAGAAGACCCUGAGAACCUAAAGUGGUUCGUCCAAGCCGAGCUCGUAAACGGGCGAUGGGCCAUGUUGGGUGUCGCCGGAAUGUUGCUGCCUGAGGUUUUCACAAGCAUAGGCAUAAUCAAUGUCCCUAAGUGGUAUGAUGCUGGAAAGUCCGAAUACUUCGCAUCAUCAUCAACCUUGUUUGUGAUCGAAUUCAUUCUAUUCCAUUACGUCGAGAUCAGAAGAUGGCAAGAUAUCAAGAACCCGGGAAGUGUUAACCAAGAUCCGAUUUUUAAAAACUACAGUUUGCCCCCGAAUGAAGUCGGGUACCCUGGUGGCAUAUUUAAUCCCCUUAACUUUGCAGCAACUGCUGAGGCCAAAGAGAAAGAGCUUGCUAAUGGGAGAUUGGCGAUGUUGGCGUUCUUGGGGUUCAUAGUUCAGCACAACGUGACCGGAAAGGGGCCAUUUGACAACCUAUUGCAGCACCUAUCAGACCCAUGGCAUAACACUAUUGUCCAAACUUUGUCUGGAAACUAAACAUCUUAUAAUAAAUAUAUUAAAAAAAGUGUGUUGUUUUGCUCUGUUUGUAAACCGUGAGUGCAUGGGUUGUGACACUAGAUCUAAGCUUUGUUCUAAUGUACAGGGGAAUAUGAGAUGGUUAUUCUAUGAUUCAUUUGAACUUUGUCACCCUCUCAUUAGAAUAAAAUAAAUAUCUUGAUGUAUUAAGUAUUAA